AUGUCGCGGAGAAAUGCGCCGCUGAUCUAUGGCUUCUAUGGGUUCCCAUCGUACUACUAUGAAUACGAGUACCCAUAUAAGGGUAGCCCGGCGGUCGCGAAGAGGAUUAUAGAUAAGCUGGAGAUCGCGGGAGUACAAGUGGAGAGAGUCAACCGCAGUUUAGAUCAUGGUGUCUGGAUGGGCUUCCUAGCAGCUUUCAAUCCGAAGAGCAAUCCGUUGAACGUUCCCAUCGUCCAGGUCUCAUUGUACGGUAGUGAGGAUCACGAAAAGCAUUAUUGUCUAGGACAAGCACUGGGAAGCCUUCGAGAGGAGGAGGUCUUGAUCAUUGGAGCUGGAAUGGUCGUUCACAAUCUUCUCGACUAUCGAGCUACUCGGGGAGCGGGCAAGUCAAUGCCAUGUGCCUCUACAUUUGAUGGCAAGCUGAAGGACGCCGUAAUCUCGAGCCCGACAGAGCGUCGGGCGAAGAUGAUUGCCCUGAUGAGACAGAGUGAAGCCCGAAGAGCGCAUCCCACCGCCGAGCAUAUUCACCCUCCUUUUGUGGUUGCAGGUGCCGCUGGAUCUGACACAGGAGUUAGGCUUUGGAUAUACCCAGAAGCAAGCCUCAACUGGGCUCAAACCCCAGCAUAG